UCUCAUCCCGGCGCGCCAAGCGAAAAAAUAUCUAAAUUCCUGGAUAACAAAAUAAAAGACAGAACAGAAGAGGUUCUGAAAGACUGAAACUUUCAUUCAGUUCGUCUAUCCAAUCCAAUCUGUUAUAGUUCCACUUUCUCCCACACUACACAUUAACCCAUUGGGCUCGACUCAAAUGAUAAAUGUUGCAUUUUACAAUUGCAAGAGACCCUGAGCUGAACAACACAUGUCUGUCCCUGUCUCUGUUUCUGUCUCUGGUUCAGGGUUACUUAGUUUUCCUUCAAUUCAGCGACCACAUUCCAACCCUCCACCCAAACACGCCGUACUUCCUUCCACUUCCCGUGAACCCGACACUGAUACUAAAUACUUGUGUCUAUUGAGCCCAUUUCAAAUCAUAGCUAGCCAAGAGCUACCUUACCAAACUUUCCCUUUCCGAGGCUUAGGUCACCGACUCACCGGACAGCACCGCACCGUUGUCGGAUGGAUUGCAAGUACCUAAUCUGAUCGUCGCCUAUUGAAUUUCAAUCCGAAGCAAUUCAUUUCAGAUAAUUGGUUCGUCCCCUUCGAGUUUCAGAUUUGGAUUAAGGGCGGCCACACAGGAUGGAUAGGGAUGUUGGUUUCCAUGACUGAGGUGGGAGAGAAGCAAAUAUUGAUUGAUUGAUUCCUUAGUGGUGCAAAGCAAACUUUAAAGAGAUCGUGGGAAAUGGUGAGCUUAAGCCUGUGUCUUCCGUCGUCAAUUUAUCUUCAGGCUAAGGAUUUGAAGUUUGAGAGUCUCCGCAAAGCCAUCUCCAGGCUUGACCUAACAACGACAUCUCCGCUCAUAAAGUCUUCCCUUCUCCUCAAAGCCUGCAUCAGGUCUGGUAACUUGGAGCUGGGCAAACUCCUUCACCACAAGUUGAUUGACUCCGGACUCCCCCUCGACUCCGUUCUUCUCAACUCCCUCAUUACCCUCUACUCCAAAUGCGGGGAUUGGGAGAACGCACUUUCAAUAUUCCGCAACAUGGGCCAUCAUAAGAGAGACUUGGUCUCCUGGUCUGCUAUCAUCUCCUGUUUCGCCAAUAAUUCCAUGGAGUCCCGAGCCCUUCUCACCUUUCUCCACAUGCUCCAAUGCUCAAGGAAUAUCAUUUAUCCCAAUGAAUAUUGCUUUACGGCCUUACUUCGAUCUUGUUCUAAUCCUCUAUUCUUUACUACUGGCCUUGCAAUCUUUGCCUUUCUCUUAAAGACCGGAUACUUUGAUUCUCAUGUCUGUGUUGGCUGUGCAUUAAUCGAUAUGUUUACCAAGGGCGGCCUAGAUAUCCAAUCAGCACGCAUGGUGUUUGAUAAAAUGCAGCACAAAAAUCUUGUUACUUGGACUUUGAUGAUUACCAGAUAUUCGCAAUUGGGCCUGCUGGAUGAUGCUGUUGAUUUAUUCUGCCGUAUGUUAGUAAGUGAGUAUACACCUGAUAAGUUUACUCUGACAAGUCUCUUAUCGGCUUGCGUUGAGUUGGAAUUCUUCUCACUUGGGAAGCAAUUACAUUCUUGGGUUAUCAGGUCUGGAUUGGCUUCAGAUGUGUUUGUCGGUUGUACUCUGGUGGACAUGUAUGCAAAAUCUGCAGCAGUAGAAAACUCUAGGAAAAUAUUUAAUACCAUGCUGCAUCAUAAUGUUAUGUCUUGGACUGCUCUCAUCUCUGGAUAUGUGCAAAGCAGACAAGAACAGGAAGCCAUCAAAUUGUUUUGUAACAUGCUUCAUGGUCAUGUUACACCAAAUUGCUUCACAUUCUCCAGCGUCCUCAAGGCUUGUGCAAGUCUUCCUGAUUUUGGCAUCGGCAAACAACUUCAUGGCCAGACAAUUAAGCUAGGACUUUCCACUAUUAAUUGUGUGGGGAAUUCUCUUAUUAACAUGUAUGCAAGGUCUGGAACUAUGGAAUGUGCUCGAAAAGCUUUCAACAUCUUAUUUGAGAAGAAUUUGAUUUCGUACAAUACAGCAGCUGAUGCAAAUGCGAAAGCCUUGGAUUCUGAUGAAUCCUUUAACCAUGAAGUUGAGCACACUGGUGUUGGAGCUAGUCCUUUUACAUAUGCAUGCCUCUUAAGUGGCGCUGCUUGUAUAGGCACAAUUGUUAAGGGUGAGCAAAUCCAUGCCCUCAUUGUGAAGUCGGGGUUUGGAACCAAUCUAUGCAUUAAUAAUGCUUUAAUCUCUAUGUAUUCCAAGUGUGGAAACAAAGAAGCUGCUUUGCAGGUCUUUAAUGACAUGGGGUAUCGCAAUGUCAUAACUUGGACAUCUAUUAUAAGUGGUUUUGCAAAACAUGGAUUUGCUACAAAAGCCUUAGAAUUGUUCUAUGAAAUGCUUGAAAUAGGUGUAAAGCCUAAUGAGGUCACUUAUAUUGCCGUUUUAUCAGCCUGCAGUCACGUUGGUUUGAUUGAUGAGGCAUGGAAACACUUCAAUUCCAUGCAUUAUAACCAUAGUAUCAGUCCAAGGAUGGAACAUUAUGCAUGUAUGGUUGAUUUGCUUGGUCGAUCUGGAUUGCUUUUAGAAGCCAUUGAAUUUAUUAACUCGAUGCCUUUUGAUGCUGAUGCAUUGGUGUGGCGUACCUUUCUUGGUUCUUGUCGGGUUCAUCGUAACACCAAGCUUGGGGAGCAUGCUGCAAAAAAGAUUCUUGAGAGGGAACCUCAUGAUCCAGCUACCUAUAUAUUAUUGUCAAACUUGUAUGCGUCAGAAGGGAGGUGGGAUGAUGUGGCAGCCUUAAGAAAAAGCAUGAAACAGAAAAAAUUAAUAAAAGAAACAGGUUAUAGCUGGAUUGAAGUUGACAAUCAGGUGCACAAAUUCCAUGUAGGGGAUACUUCACACCCCCAGGCUCGAAAGAUAUAUGAUGAACUUGAUGAAUUGGCUUUAAAAAUAAAGAACUUGGGUUAUAUCCCAAAUACAGAUUUUGUUCUUCAUGAUGUGGAGGAUGAACAGAAGGAACAGUAUCUGUUCCAACACAGUGAAAAAAUUGCAGUGGCAUAUGCUCUUAUUAGUACCCCGAAACCAAAACCUAUUAGAGUAUUUAAGAAUCUUCGGGUUUGUGGGGACUGCCAUACGGCAAUAAAGUAUAUAUCAAUAGUCACUGGAAGAGAGAUUGUGGUGAGAGAUGCAAACCGAUUUCAUCAUAUCAAGGAUGGGAAAUGCUCUUGCAAUGAUUAUUGGUAAAUGAUAAUCCAUAUCCAUCCAAUUGAGUUUAGACAUCUUCGCCUCAUGUACUGUAAAUUUUGAAGGGUUAUUUAAAUUCCUUGUGCAAGAGUUAUGCACUUUUUGGCUGCUCACACUAUGCAGAGAUUAUGAACACGGAAACUCUUCGAACCACUAGCUAAUUGCUAAUGGUUGACAAGCAUUUGUAUAUCCAUCUGUCUUUUGAAUGAUGGGGCUCGAUGUUACCGUAUACUGUACACCAUUUUCUUGUUUACCGUGGAGGUUAUUCCACAUAUUGUGCUAAAGUAGCAAUGUCAAGCCUUGAGAGAUGACAACAGACAAGGCGGGUCCAACCAACGGUUUUUUUACAGGUUGGGUUACAUGUAGUAACCCAUCAAAUUAACCCACCUAAAUUUGCUCUGCAUGUGAUGAGUUGACACAUUGGGUUAAUUCCCUUUAUGUUCUCUAAAAUUCUUAAUAUUCAUUAUGUUCAAUUUCUACUUCUGUUUA